CAAAUUCGAAUGGUUCAAGUUCAACCAUCAUAUCUAGGUCCACCGCUUCACAAACAUACAUUUCCCCACAGCUUCACCUGAACACGAGUCCAUCUACUCCAUCAGAGCUAUUCAUUUAAUACAAACACCCACAAUAAAAACUUAACUAACACAUUAAAUAGAAAAGCGAGGGGCUUUAACCAGCUCAUUGAGAGAAUAUGGAGAGCUCAUUAAUACUUUUACUGGCGGUUAAUUUCUUCAGUCCUGUUCAUACAGGUGCUUUGACUUGUGAACCACGGCAGUAUCAGUGUGGCAAUGGAAAGUGUAUCACAGCGAGAUGGGUGUGUGAUGAAACUGAUGACUGUGGUGACGGCACUGAUGAACUUCCUGCUGCCUGCUUGGCCAAGACCUGCAGACCCAGUGAAUUCAGCUGUGGCGGGCGACUUAACCAGUGCGUGCCAAAGAGUUGGACGUGUGAUGGCAAAGCGGACUGUGAGAACAGUGCGGAUGAGGAAGGCUGUGAUCCUCGCCGGUGUCUGGAUGGCGAGUUUCGCUGCGGUAGCGGCCAGUGUGUGACUGCCGCAUUUGUGUGUGAUGAAGAGAGAGACUGCGAUGACGGCAGUGAUGAAGUCUCCUGUCCGCCCACCACGUGUAGCUCCAACUCCUUCAGGUGCAACAAUGCACAGUGUGUGCCUCGACUGUGGGUCUGUGAUGGAGAUGCAGACUGUGCUGAUGGCUCAGACGAAUUGCCUCAGAAAUGCAGUACAGGGACGCCUAGACCUACCAAAAACCUCUGCUCCUCUAUGGAAUUCCAUUGCGGCAGUGGGGAAUGCAUACACAGUAGCUGGAAAUGCGAUGGGGGAGAAGAUUGUUUGGAUCGCUCUGAUGAGAAAAACUGCUCCUUGUCCACAUGCCGACCGGAUGAGUUCCAAUGUGGUGACGGCUCUUGCAUCCAUGGCAGCCGGCAGUGCAACCAUGUAUAUGACUGCAAAGAUUUGAGUGAUGAGCUGGGUUGUGUUAAUGCAACCCAUUGUGAGCCACCACACAGGUUUAAAUGCCGCAGUGGUGAAUGCAUCAGCAUGGAAAAUGUUUGCAACAAGAAACGGGACUGUAGAGAUUGGUCCGACGAGCCAUUGCGAGAAUGUGAUUCUAAUGAGUGUCUUUACAACAACGGGGGUUGCUCUCAUAUCUGUAAUGACCUAAAGAUUGGUUACGAGUGCCUCUGUCCCACUGGCUUCUGGUUGGUGGACAAGAGACGUUGUGAGGACAUUGAUGAGUGUGCCAACCCAGACACCUGCAGCCAAAUCUGCAUCAACCUGAUGGGUAGUUACAAGUGUGAGUGCGAGGAUGGCUACCAGAUGGACCCAGCCAGCAAGGCUUGCAAAGCUAUUGGAACCAUCGCCUACCUAUUUUUCACCAAUCGCCAUGAGGUCAGGAAGAUGACUCUGGAUCGCAGCGAGUAUACACGUGUUAUUCCCCGUCUGAAGAACGUUGUGGCACUGGAUAUGAAUGUUGCUUCCAGGGAGAUCUACUGGUCAGAUUUAUCCCUCAAAAAGAUAUAUAGAGCACCGAUGGAUACAGCAGAUAACUCCUCCCAACACAGUGUUGUGAUUGGCAGUGAUUUAGAUGCACCUGAAGGUAUUGCUGUCGACUGGAUCCACGGGAACAUCUACUGGACAGACAGCAUUAAAGGUGCCAUCUCUGUGGCAACAGCGGACGGAAGCAGACGCAAGACUCUCUUCAAAGAAAACCUGGCCAAGCCACGUGCUAUUGUGGUCGACCCUAUUAAGAACUUCUUGUUCUGGACUGAUUGGGGCACACAGGCUAAGAUCGAGAGAGGUGGUCUUAAUGGAGGGGACCGCUAUGCCCUAGUUACAGAUAACAUUGUCUGGCCCAAUGGAAUAACCCUUGACCUUUUGAACCAGCGUCUGUACUGGGUUGACUCCAAACUACACACUCUCUCCAGCAUCAGUGUGCAGGGAGAUGGUCGGCGUACUCUGAUCAUUGACCAGGGCAAACUUGCCCAUCCUCUGGGUCUCACUGUUUUUGAGGAGAAAGUGUUUUGGACAGAUGUGAGCAAUAAUGCAAUUCUAAGUGCAAAUCGUGUGACUGGAAGAGACAUCAUGAAUGUGGCCGAACACCUCUCGUCCCCAGAGGACAUUGUCUUGUACCACAACCUCAAGCAACCGACUGGAUUCAACUGGUGCAGGGUCAACAACGGUGGCUGUGAAUUCUUGUGCCUGGCUGCCCCUCAAAUCAAUAGACUCUCACCCAAAUACACUUGUGCCUGCCCAGACAACAUGAUGUUGGCCAGAGACAUGCGAAAAUGUGUUCAAGCUGUAGUCACACCAGAACCUCCUGUCAAGCCCGAAAUAGUUACAACUAGUCAUCCUAAAGUACCUUCAAAGACAACUCCAAAUCCUGCUCCUUCGAUCCCUAAACAACCCACUCAACCUGUUCCAAUCAAGCCAUCCCAAAGCACAACUAAACUUCCUUUAUCCACCCAGAAAGAUGACCACUACAGUAAUGUCAAAGAUGCGUCUCAAUCAUCAUCUUCCACACCGUUGGCCUUGUACAUUUUGCUUCCUCUUGCAAUCCUGUGUUUGGUUGUGGGUGGUGCUGUGCUGUUCUGGAGAAAGUGGCGUCAGAAAAAUACCAACAGCAUUCACUUUGACAACCCAGUUUAUCAAAAGACCACAGAGGACCAGGUGCAUCUAUGCAGAAACGAUAGUUCUGAUGGCUAUUUUUACCCGCAGAGACAGGUUGUGAGUAUUGAUGAUGAAAUAUAAUGCCAAAAGUCCAUGUCAAAACUGAUUUUUCAAAAUAAGAGCCAUAUAUGAUGUCUUUCCUUCUUGGAAGUCAGUUCUGCAGUAAAACAACAUUUGAGGGAACAGUGGAGAUACAAACUGCCUUUUCACACAAGCCAUCUGAUGCAAGAAAACAAUCCAGAGCCAAUCCAAAAAAACAAACAAAAAAAAUAUGAAAACAAAGAAACCUCAGACAACAAUGACCUCAGCUAUCAAGGCUGCUUAGUAUUU